GUGCGAUGUGCAUAUCAUUGCACUGGUAUAAUGACAAUACCGCCGGCGUAUAUAUGUACAUGUAUAUGAACAUGUGAGCAAAGAUCGUAGCGCCGCGUAGCUUUGCCUGUGAGUCAGGUUGAAAAAUAGGCGUACGCCUACGUAGCGUCCAGCUUAUAACGUAAGCGUACCUACUUCGCACCUACAUUUACAAACAUUUCCUGGUGAGGAUUGUGAUACUCGUUCACUCGUGGAAGACGGCAGAUUUUGAUGUUUCUCUGGAAAGAUGUCUGUCUUAAGAAUCGCUGAAAUGGGUUCUCUCCUGAAGAUUCUGGCGUUAUGCUGUCUAAGUGUCACAGGUGUAUAUGGUCAGGCGUGCACCACCAAUGUCAAAACGUGGGUCGGCAUUCCAGAAGCAGAAUACAAUCGAAACUACAGCAGCAUCGACGACGUGAGUGCCAGACCAGUGGGCUUUGCCCGGACUGAAAUAUACUACAGCGACAUCGGACUGCCCAACCCGUGCAUCAAAGUGAUGGGGGUUGAAGACACAAGGGUGGAAGUCAUGGCUGAAUCAAAUCCUCCCGGCUCCAAAUUUUGUGUCAGAGACCAGUACAAUCGUGAAAUUUGUGACACUAGAAUUUAUGACUGUCGCCAGGCCAACAGAGUAGAGGGCGCCGAGGACAGCCUAACAUUUGAGUUUUACUGCGACGCGACCAGCUGCGACGAGACGGACGUGAGCUUCUUCUAUCGGUUUGCAGUCAGCCCGCCUGGAGAGGAUGGUUUUGACCCCGAGCUGUGGUGCAACUCACGAGACACUGGUGAGUACCCAAGCAGUUUGCAGGCACCACUGCCGACCAAUAGAGGCCUAGCAACCCUCCCACCAGACAACAGGAAUGGUGCCACCCCAUCUGCCCAUCAGACCCAAUCCCUGGGGCUUGCCGUGUUGUCUAGUGUACUCUGCCUGGUGUCACUGUGGAUGAUGCACAUUUGAGAUGAGCAACUGGCUUUCAAGAGAGUGGUAACACAGACAUAUGAAUGCACAGACUGCCAGUCUUGUGAGCGUGAUUUGGAAAGUGUGGUCUAAACUACGGAUACCAGCACAUAUAGGCAUUAAGUGUACUUUGGGCAUGUUGGGUGGGAUGCACUUACAUUGUGUGUAUUUCUUUGCACGCACUCUCAAAAUAUAUUCACUUUUAGCUCUACGGUCCUACCAUCUCUUUGUUUCAAAUAUUCUAACCAUUUUUUAAUGUGCAUGGCAGCAUGGGCCAGAUUAAGUAUGUUGAGGAUUUUCUUUUUACAAUCGAAAAAAAAAAGCUUCAAAGAAUUUUUUGGCUUGAAUUCUUCAACUGUUCCUGAACUCCUUAUGCCAAGGGGGUAAUUUGCCAAUAGUUUGAUUUUUCAGAUGGUGCUCGAAUCACGAAAUAUUCAUGUAUUUCGGAAUGUGAUUUGGUGGUCUGUGUAUUUAUAUGGCAGUGAGUUAAUGUGUAGCUUCAGUGAAUGUUUCUCAGAUAAAUUCUUCUGUUGUGUACUUCUCUUCAAUAUGUGAAAACUAGUUGAAAUCCCUUUACGGGUAAGUGCAUUGCGACAUACACUUUUUAAAACAUAAAAAAACUUUCAUGCUUUCCUGUACAACCGAGUGCGCUGUUUCUGUGAUGUCAUGCAUGGAGAUUAUUAUUUAGUGUGUAGCCUUUUCUGUUUUGUAUUUUAAGCCCAGAAUUUAUUCACUGGAAACAUUGCUCAGAAAGAGGUGCAUUCUUACUUAUUUCUGUGCACUUAUCCAAAAAUGAAUUGCCAAAGAAAAGAAUAUUUACAAGAGCAAAAUCCUAGAUAUAAAAAAUCAGAAGUUUUCUGUGCACAAACCAAUUGAACUUUGACUCUUUCUUCCCUGGAUGACAUCACAGUUUUGCACAUGCAUAUGGAAAUACUCAUAUUUUAUAACAACCAAAGAGUAGCAAUAUGAAACAAAUAGUGAUGCGAAAAUGAGCCUCCUGAAACAUAAGGUCACAUUUUGAAGGUUUGUUUAUAAAGAAGUGCCUUGCAGCUACCCUUUACUCAUAAGUGAUUUCUCUCAUGGGAUUUAAAUGAAAUUCAUUCUCAAAAUGCGGCAAUGCAGAAUUUGAAGCCCUUGCUUUUGUUAGUAUUUUACCACACAUUUAUUUUUUGUAGAUAUUUGGAUGUUUUUGUUUUUAAUAACCUGAUAAAUCAAUGUCACGGUAGGCUAAUGAAUAUACAUGUAACACAAUGACCUCAUGCUUUGUUUACUUGUGCACUUUCCUAUAGUAGAGGUAGGACGCGAUCAAGUCCAUAUAGGAAAGCACAUGUAUAAACAAAGCAUGGAAUCAUUACAUUGCAGGUCUUUUAAAUCAGUAAUAUCUCUCAUAGAGUGCUAUUGAUUUGGUCACAGUUUUAUAAACAUAAAUCAGGUCAUAGGAAACAUUCCUGUAAGGUAUUUCAGAUAACAAAUGUUUGAAAUUUGUCAUUUUCAUGGUAGUGAUGAAGCAGUCAUUAUCAAAGUGACUUUUGAUUGAGUUUUGUCCCACAUUAUGUAGAAAUGACAUUGUUAUGAUAUCAAUAUCAUUACUAAGAAAAAUGGAAAGCAUUAUUGAAGAUACUUGUCCCAAUCUUUUACAUAACAUGUGAAUUCAAAAGUGUCUCAGUACUGUUAUUUUAUUGAGUUUUUGUUGUGUGCGACUCUGUACUGCAAGUUUUUGAUACUUUUUAUGAAUGAUAUUUCGGUUUUUUAACCACAGGCAUAUAACUUUUACUCAAUUCGUUGUGGGGUCAUAGCAGUGUCUUUAGUUGGGUGCAUAACUGCCCACGGCAGUGCCGUUUAAAAAUUAAAAAAAAAAAAAACAGUAUUUCUUAACAUUCCUGACAUAACUGCCAACUAAUGGAAAAAAGGUAACAUUUUGAAUGAUGCACAUUAAUAAGAUAGUUUGAUGGGGGGGGUGUUCCCAAAUGCAUACUCAUACGCUUUCGGUUGAUGGUGGGAAAAGAUGGAGUACUGGAGUUGAGUAUGGUACACUCCUACCUCUGUUUUUUUAUGUCUCUUUUUUGGGGGGGGUCUACAAUUUCACUGUAUCAAGCGGGGCAUUUCAUACUCCAAAGUAAACUGUAACUGAUUUUUUUUUUAAUUGUGUUUUACCACUUACAUGUGUCUGUUUAACACUAGUCAAGGAUUAAUUUUGUCAGGUAGUUUAUUUCUUUCGGGAUAUGAUUAUCAACCAAACAUACGGUACCUUCAAGUCAAGUUUUAUGGGAUUGAGCAAUUUUUUAAUCACCCAGUGUUAAAUUUCUUCUGUCACUGCUACAAAAAAGAAAGCACAUUUAUGUUAGCUGAUGGGUAGACUAAAAAGUCGUGGUUCCUUGUGAAACCCAAUUGCACGAUUUAAUUAUGUUAAUGAUGACUUAGAUGGUUGGUUUUCUGUGGUGUUAUGUAUUGUUUUAGAAUAGACAAAUGCAAUUUGAUUUUUGUGCUAGAUUUUUUAAUCUUCAGCUGCAGUAAUUUAAAAAAAAAAUAUUAAUUUAAUGUAAAAUACUAGCAUAUUUUUAUACAAAGAGGCACUUUUUAAUUUUUAGAUAUCACUUCAUUGAUAGAAUAUUGUAUAUUUUGGGGGUGUUUUUACAAAGUACCGUAAACACAUGCUGGUUCGUGUGUAGUUUUGCUUGACAGCAAAAUUUGUCAAUCAAUACGAUUCAUUUGUAAGCCCUAUAUACUUGUACUAAGUGAUGUGCUUUCAUGAACAUUCCCAACCUCUGACCUGCAAUCUAUUUUCAUUGUUUUAUUAAUGAUACCAAUCAUUGUAAUCCUUUUACUGUGCACUGUUUUUGUAACUUGUCUCCAAUUGCCUAUUCUGGUGGAUCCAUUCUAGCAAUAAAUGAAGAGGUGUUGGUUAAA